AUGACCAGUAUCGACGACUGUAGCGCGCCACCGCCAGUCCGCUACGUCUUCUGGUGCGUGCAGGAGCGUCAGCUCCGCAGCGACCGCGAUGAGUUCUACAAGCACUUCGAGCGUGUCAGGGUUCCAGUAGCUGAGGGUGGAGACUGCCUGAGUCAGAGUACCCAGCGCAUCUGCGUCAAGACCGCGAGACUUGGCUGGGUCACCACAACGCCGGCAAGGUUGAUGGGCGGUCUGAAGGAUAGGAGGGUGGUGAUGAGCAGCAGUGGGGAGAAUGUUGAUAAGAAGACGGAGACUGUUGUUGAGAAGAAGGAAGGUGGUGAUGAGCAGAAGGAAGAUGGCGAUGAGCAGAAAGAAGGUGGUGAUCAGAAGGAGAUCGGUGAAGGCACUGGCUGGGGAGCUGACGUCGCUGCUGCUACCGACAAGUGGCAGCCCGACAGCACUUAUCCGAAGCCUGCGGGCGGCUGGUAUAGGGAGCGCAUGGUGUGUAAAAGUUUGAGAAGGGGCAUCUUGAGUUCUAGAUACGCGAUAGAGAAACCGGCGGUACCGUCGAUGGCCCCGGCGAGUGUUCAGCAAGCGAAAGCCGAGACGAAAGCUCAACAGCUCAGAUAG